AGUGCCGCCGCGCCGUGGCGUGAUGGCGAUACAGCCAUAGAGCGGCUCUCGCCGUGCGGGCAGGGCGCGAUGGGGCGCUGCGGGACGACCCGCACUGGGAGCCCCCCGCACCGGGAGCCCCCGCCCCGCGGGGGGUGAGGGUCCCUCCGGUGCCCGCGCCCGGCCACUGAGCCCGUUCGCUAUGGCCGCGGGUGGAUGGAGCGUGGUCCGCGCCGCCGCCAGGCACAGUUUCAGAGGCUCCCAUCUCCUCACACACUCCGGUUCUCCGCACUCCCCAGCAGUUGCUUUUGCCCAAGCAGUGGAUCCUGGUUUAAGCUGGACCUGUGAAAGAGACUCUGAGAACCAUCUGUGCCGUGCUCCCGUGGGCACCAUCCUGCCUCAUCCACUGGCUGCAUCCCUGCGGACACUCCACACCUCCACCCGCUCAUGCCAGGAGGAACCCACAUCCCGCAGCGACGUGACCCACGAGGCUCAGCCCGACAAGGCUCCAGCAGCACCAGCCACAGAGAGGCCCAAGGGGACAAGGUCUUUACGCCAAAGAGUUGUGGAGGAACUGAAACACUAUUACGAUGGAUUCCACUUGCUCUGGAUCGACACGAAGGUGGCUGCCAGGAUGGUGUGGAGGCUGUUACACGGCCAGGUCCUCACUAGGAGGGAGAGAAGAAGGUUGAUGAGAACUUGUGCAGAUCUCUUCCGGCUCGUUCCCUUCCUGGUGUUUGUCAUUGUCCCCUUCAUGGAGUUCCUGUUACCUGUAUUCUUGAAGCUCUUUCCUGAAAUGCUGCCCUCGACGUUUGAGACGGAGUCAAAGAAGGAAGAGAAGCAGAAAAAGAAGUUAAACGCCAAGCUGGAGUUAGCCAAGUUCCUGCAGGAGACCAUUGCAGAAAUGGCCAAAAGGAACAAAGUGGAAUCAGAGCAAGGAAAACAAUUCUCCUCUUAUGUGCACCAGAUCCGUCGCAGCGGCCACCAGCCCAGCACCCAGGACAUCGUGCGCUUCUCCAAGCUCUUUGAGGACGAGCUGACCCUGGAGCACUUGGAACGGCCUCAGUUGGUGGCUCUUUGCAAAUUGCUUGAGCUGCAGCCCAUUGGCACCAACAACCUGCUCCGCUUUCAGCUGCUGCUCAGGCUCAGAACCAUCAAAGCAGACGAUGAGCUGAUUGCCAAGGAAGGAGUCAAUGGCCUGAGUGUGUCUGAGCUGCAGAGCGCGUGCAGAGCCAGAGGGAUGCGGUCAUUGGGUCUCUCAGAGGAGCAACUAAAGGAACAGCUCAGACAGUGGCUGGAUCUGCAUUUGAAAGAGAACGUUCCACCUUCCCUGCUCCUACUUUCCCGUGCCUUGUACUUGAUAGAUACAAAGCCACAACCUGUUCCAGUUCCACAAAAUCAGAGAGGUGAAACUGCUCAAAUCAUGACACCCACUCUUGAAGGCCAAGAGACCCUGGUGGAUCCUGCCCCUGUUGUACAGGGAAGAAAGAAUGAAGAGUUUGUAUCCCAGCCAACGGAGGAAUUGCCAGGCUCAGAAGUGCCAGUGAAGCCUCCCCCACGAGAGACUAAAAUGGAAGCAUCUCGGAGCAGCAAAGCCGGCGCCAAUGGAGCAUAACCUGGAGCCAGUGAGGACUGUGUGACACUGGGAGAGAAGAACUGUCACCUCAGCCCUUCUUCAGAAGGAAAGAGGGAUUUUCCCAGAGGAUACACACCCAAAAAGGUGGCAGCAGCCCUCGGGAGCCUCCCUGUCUGCUCCAAGCUUACUAGCACUUGGCCAUGUUAACGCUACCUGGAUGGCACUGGCUCCUCUGUUGUGAUGGAUCCCACUCCCCUUCUCCCAGUUUAACUUAUGGUAUAAAUGUUAAUAGUGGUGCACUGUCCGUGCUAUUACUGCAGGGGGGGGUGUUUGUGCUCUUAAACCUCAGGAAAGGCAACUCUUCAUUGCAUUAAAGCCCAAAAUGAGCUGUUCUGGAGCUCCACUAAAGCCUGUUGUACAGUUUGAGACCCUCUGCAGGAGCAUCCCCCCAUCCCCAGGGCCUGCAGCUUGUCCUGCUGCUGCAGCUUUCCAAGCUCUUGAUCCUAGUUAGCAUGGAUUAACCAGUAACUAGUGCACAGAGUGGCCCGUGUAACUGUUGUGUUUCACUGUCCCACGUGUACCAAGGUGAAUAACUGCAGCAGAGGGAGGCCAGCACGCUCCUCAGUGCUGAAUUUAACUCUUCAGGAAGACCUAAGGACUUGCUGGACAAGAGCAGGGCUGUGAAGAGGACAACUUCCAUUGCAGGAGCAAGCCUGAUGUAACCUUCAUCAAGCCAAUUAAACCCUAUCAGGCUCAGCACUGCACAUCAGUGUGCUCAGACUUCCUGUGCUGCACAAAGUGAUGCUUCACACACUCUGAUGUUGACUGAUUCUGGAAGCCUCUGUAGGAGGAUGCUGAGAAGCUGGGUUUAGCAUUUGUUAAGUAUUUUUUACUUUGUCCUAUGUCAAUCUUCCAAAAUGACUCACAUGAUGGGUUUGAAACGUGUAUUUAUACUCAUUGUCAACGUAAAACUGGUGCUAAGCAGAAUGAAAUGUCUCUUGUAGAGGUCAGACAGCCCUUAGAACAAUCCAACUCAACAAAAGCCUGGCAUCUCAAGGUUGAUGAAGUGCUAUCAGCACUUCAAACACACGACUCCAGGCUCCUCCUCCAGGUUCCUACUCAUAGGAAUGCCGUGUUCUCCGUUCUGUCCCUGCACACCCUGCCUUGGCACAGCUCAGGGAUGCAGCACGGAGUAUUGGUGUGUAACUGGGGGAUAGUAAAUAAGAACUAAUGUUACUUCAAUAAACUAACCCCAUUCCUCAAGUGUCA